AUGGCUCCAGAGCCAAUAAUCAACACCGAGCGCAUGGCGCACCCAUCUCCCCAAGCAUCAGGUCUAAAGGGAGCAACUCGAGCCAUACAGCAAUCGAAGAAUCUGAAAAGAUCACGCAAAAGAAGCACUCUGUACUGCAAACUGGACCAGGAUCGGCAUGAGAUCCGCCUUCUUACCAUUCACCCCCGGAAAACACAACCCUUCUCGGCGCAUUCCGAACGCAAUGCAAUCUCGGCAUCCUUGACUACCCAGUCACUCGACGACCCUGCCGAGUAUUUCGCCCUUUCCUAUGUGUGGGAGUCAGGCCAUUAUUUCCCACGAUCGCAUCGAAAAGGCACGCGUAGCGCAGGCCACCUUCUUGUAGAUUCCGUCCGCAUUGACGUGAAUCGGAAUCUUUGGCUUGCCAUCGAGCGAAUUCGCCAAGAUGAGAAGACGGUUCGAAUAUGGGUCGAUGCAACAGACCUGAACGAGAAGGCCUGGCAAAUUAGCCUCAUGUCGCGCAUCUAUCAGCAAGCAUCCAAGACUCUGAUUUGGCUGGGCAAAGGGUCGCCGUCAUCCCGAAUAGCCAUGGGCUUCCUUCGCUCCCUGACUCCAAAAAAAUUUCUGGAUGAGGUGAAGACGUUGGAGGAAUACUGCCAGAAACACUUUGCAGCAAGUCCCCAGCUCCAACCCCCCUUAAUCGAUGAUUGGAGGUUCUGCAGCGUCUGGACCGACAAGGAUUCACCGCUGGCCAAAUGGGACCAUUUGAACAGCAUUCUCAGCCUGCCUUGGUGGGGGCGGCGAUGGGUCAUCCAAGAAGCAUUCUUCUCCAAGAAACCAGUGGUGAUUCUUGGGAAUGAAUCUAUUAGCAUGGACAAGUUCGCGGAGCUAGCUACCUGGCAUGCUCAGUAUCUAUCAGUGACGAGAGACGUGCAAGUUCUUGUCAAGGAGCUCUUCCGAAAAUGCCCAUUCUACUAUUUACUGAGGCAGUGGAAGACGUAUCGGCGUGAUAUCUCUAUUCACAGGGCUCCUCUUCCAGUUUGGUUGACACUUUCUCGGGAUUUCAACCAGAGCAUUCUACGGGACUUCAUUUUCGGUGUUCUAUCACUGGCUUCCGCUCGUGAUCAGCUUAAUAUUCAGCCUGACUACUGGGGAUCGGAUCAUAUGGUCUUCGUUCGCUUGUUUGUCCACCUGAUUGAGAUCUACGGUUUCAGAACGUUCCGGUUUACUCUGCCAUCCUCUGAGUCACUUGGGGGGUUGACCCUUCCAUCUUGGUGCAGCGGUGAUAAAUACGGAGGGUUUCAAAACGCGGUGAGCUCGUCGCAGUCGGUGUCACAGAAGAUUGAACGCUUUGAGGCCUGCGGAGACACCAGCCAAUCGAUUCGGUUUAUCUACGAGCGCACCGGUGAUGAGGUCCCGUUUACCCGGCCAGGGUCACCGAAGUCUACUCUAUCCAGCGAUAUUCUCAUGGCAGCCAAGGGAUUCCAAUUCGAUGAGGUCAUCAUUGUCGUACCAACAGGUCUGUCUCCUAAAGGAGGCAUUGACGACAUACGUUUCAAUUCCCUCGAGGAACAGCUCCAAGAUGCAAUCAAAAGCUGGCAGCGACGCCUUCGGGGCAUCCAGGCUGAUCCAUACCGAGAUACGUGUGGUCGGUUCGAGGCAAUGUUCAUGGCCCUCCUUGGGGGGCGGCUUGGGAGCAUCACCAAGGCUGACUGUCACGCUCAAUUCUUACAAUGGAUCGAGCCCAGUGCCAGUUUCUCGACAAGGGAUGGGAAGAGAAGCGAUUCUUUAGCCAAAGGGCCAGACCGUAGCUUAUUCUAUGCGAGCAUACGGCCACGCUGUUUCAAUCGCUCGUUGCUUAUUACAGCGAAAGGAUAUAUAGGGCUUGGGCCGCUCGACGCCGAGGAAGGGGACAUAAUCUCGAUUCUCCACGGCGUCACCGUUCCAUUAGUGUUGCGCAAGCAGAACAAGGCCAAAUAUCAUUCAUUUGUGGGAGAAACAUAUAUUCACGGCAUCAUGCACGGAGAAGGAGCAGCAGAAUAUUGCCGGGAGGAAACAGACUUUGUUAUGAUAUAA